AUGACACCCAAACUACCUACCUUCGACUUGUCGAAAUACCGGCGCUAUGCAUAUACCUUCACCUCUUUGCACGUCUUACAUAACGCCAUUAAACUAGAGAGUUCCUCAAGCCUCGCCAAUGAAGAUUUGUUUCCCUCGCCUCCUGAGAAACGUACCUGGACUGCAUUCAAUUUCUUCGCAUACUGGUGGAGUGAGUCCUGGGCAAUUUCAGCGUGGUCGAUAGGUGCCUCGUUAAUCACCGUUGGAGCCACCGUGAGAGAUGCAGUGCUCGUUGUUCUGUUCGCAAACCUACUUACUUCCGUUGUGAUUGUAUUGAAUGGACGAGCUGCAGCGGCAUACCAUAUUGGAUUUCCGGUACAGUCCAGAACAAGUUUUGGGGUAUACGGCCAAUAUUUUGUGGUGGUGCUGCGUGCAUUGGUUGGCAUUGCAUGGGUUAUAUUAUCAAGGACAGUUCCUUUCCGUAUGUCUUCGUUGCGUCUUUUCGGGGUGGAACAAGAUUCCAAAUACUAUACCCGCAGCUUCUUCCUCGCCUUUCUAACCACUCUUCCCUUCACUCUUAUCCAUACUACCAAAAUCCGACAUGUGUUUAGCUUCAAGGCCAUCGUCGUACCUCUAGCAGGACUAGGUAUUGUAUGCUGGGCUAUUACCACCAACAGAGGUGUUUCAGCAGAUAAACUCAUCGAUGAAUCGAAACGUAAAUCGACGUCUACCUUUGCAUGGGGAUUAGUUGCUCAGCUAAAUGCUGUGUUUGGAGCAAACUCCGCUCUUAUAGUUACUGUUCCUGAUCUCGCUCGAUAUUCCACAAAUCGAAAUGCACAGGCUGCCGUUAAGAACAUGUAUGGAGAGGCAUAUUGGAAUCCAUAUGACCUCCUUAAUGGUAUACUUGACCAUGGCUACACUCCGAAAGCACGAGCAGGUGUGUUCUUUGCUGCUGCUGCAUGGGCUUUUGCGACCCUGGGAACAUCAAUUGCAUGCAACGCCGUUCCCUUUGCCGCUGAUAUCACCUGUAUCGCGCCAAAAUACAUCAAUAUCGUCCGAGGCCAGGUAAUCUGGCUGAUAAUUUCACUAUCAAUUGUUCCCUGGCGCUUUGUCGGAACUGCAAGCGGCUUCCUCCGUUUCCUCACAGGCUAUUCUAUCUUCCAGGGUCCCGUGGUUGGCAUCAUGCUGAUAGAUUACUUCUUCGUCCGGAGAGGUAACCUUCACUUACCGGAUCUAUACCGCCAUUCCUCAACUGCACGAUACUACUUUACCAAGGGAUUCAAUAUUCGUGCCUUUGCUGCAUUUAUCAUUGGAUCCUUACUCCCUUUGCCAGGACUGAUAGGGAGUUUUGGCAAUUCCUUUUCUGCUGCGGCGGAUCGUAUGUUCUCGCUAGGCUGGACUCUUAGCUUUUUGGUUGGUAGCCUAGCCUACUGGAUUCUUUGUGCUCUGUUCAAAGUUCCUGGUGACGAUGAUAGUUACGGAUUUGAAGAGAAGGUGGCAGAGGCUGAAGAGAUGAUAUGCCAAGGUGGGGAUGUGUUAUCUCCAUCUUGUGAAGUAAAGGGUGAUACCUCUCUGCAGGUUGAAGAGAUUGAACGGAAUGUAGUAUAA